ACAUGGCGGUGAAUCUGAAAUGUGUUCUGCUCACUUCCUUGUUGUUAGGUUUUAUAGCUCGGGCAUCGACAGAUAUUCAGGGAAAAUAUAAUGUUAAAGUGAAAGAAAUUGUAUUUAUUAUUCGUAGUCAACCCCAUCCAUUUCAUCGAGAAAGAGCUAAACUUGUACAAAGUGACAUAGAGCAGCAAUGUAGGAUACUUGGAUGGCAAAAUCCUAAGGUUAUACUAUUAAGUGACAAAUAUCCAGACACUGGACAAUGGGUAAUACAACCACUAUUGAAAAAACUCGAGGAUGAUUUUGGUAAAUCCAAAUACAAAUGGAUAUUUUUCUGUGAAGAAGAAACCAGAGUCAAGUUACCUGGUUUACUUAAUGUACUCACAAAAUAUGAUCCUAAUGAUCCAUGGUUUCUUGGCAAAGAGUUACGGGACCAGGAACCAACCAUCAUACACCAUUAUAAAUUUCAUAACAAUCCAUCAGUAUUUGCUUUUCCUGACUUAGAAGCUGGUUGGUUACUUAGUGUCACACUUUUAAAUAUAUUGUCAGAGAAAUGGGAGGCUGGAGAACACCAUAUGGAUUUUAGUAUUGACAUUAAACAUGAGUUGGCAAUCUUCAUCUGGGAUGAUGGCAAAGGUAUUGAACUGACUCAUGUUCCUGAGUUGUGUUCAGGAAAUAUAGGCUCCAAUGAACCAAUGCAGGAUGAUGGUGCAGCAGCAGAAAAAAUGGAAAAAGAUAAGAAGAAUGAAAAAAGGAAAAAGAAAAAUGAUUCUGAUGAUGUUACAGACUGUGUCACAUCAUAUCCAUAUGAUAUUAUUGAUUGUGGUUCAGCUGUACCAAAGAAAGAUAUUUACUUUGCUGUGAAAACUUGUGAAAAAUUUCAUACAGAUAGAGUUCCUGUUAUUAAGAAAACAUGGGCACAACAUGUUAAGCAUAUUUCAUACUACAGUGAAAAAGAAGACAAAUCUAUUCCUACAAUAUCUACUGGUAUACCUAAUACUGAAAGAGGUCACUGUGGGAAGACCUUUUACAUCUUUAAUCACUUCAAAACAGAUCCCUGGUUGAAAAGAAUCCCAUGGUUGGUUAUAACAGAUGAUGAUACUAUACUCAGUGUUUCCAGAUUGCAGAGACUGUUGUCAUGUUAUAAUGCAACUGAACCGGUAUAUCUUGGUGAAAGAUAUGGAUAUGGACAUACUAAACCUGGAUGGGGAUACGAUUACCUUACUGGAGGUGGAGGAUUCAAUUUCAUAUUGUCUUUUGUUUACCAGGCAAGACCUGAUGAUUAUUGUAAAUCAUUUCUGCAACAUCAGACACCAGUAUCAUUCCACAAACACUGGAACAAUGAUCCUUAUAAGGUUUAUGAAGACUGGUUUAGUGUUGAUGAUGAAAAGGGUGAUCUGGUGUUGGACAUCCCAAAGGUUGAUAAAGAAACAGAAAAACCUGAACCAGACAGUGGUGAGCAGUCAAAGGGUGAUAUGGAGUCAUUAGAUGUAAAACCUUUGGAAAAUCAGAAAGAGGAGAAUGUUGCUGAUGAAAAAAGUGAUGAAGAGUCUGCAGAAACAGAUGAACACAGUUUGAAAAGAAAAGAGAGUACAUCCACAGAAUCUCAGGAAAUAAUGACUGAGGAAGAAACUACUGUGUAUAUAAAAGAUAAACAUGUAGAUGAAAAACAGAAACAUGCUGAGCUGUGA